CCAUGGAGAUUUCUGUCUCUGGUUUUUUCUUUUUUCCUGUUAUCCAAACAAACCUCCAAGGGAAAUCCAAACUUCGAAACCUCCAGUAUUUCAACGACGGAGGUUGGAUUUCCAAUUCGCCAUCCCAAAAGCCCAAAUCAAAUUCAAAAUCAAAAUUCAAGAGGAAAGAGCCCCGCAGAGAGAGUCGUUUGAGUCUUUGAGCUGUCUCUGAUUGCUCAUUUCCGAUUCAAACCCAUACCAAAGAAGGAUCAGAAUCAUAAUCAAGAGAAGAGAAUUUUGGAUGAAUGCGUGAAGACAAUUUUUUGUUGACAAUUAAAGGUUUGAGUUUAGAUGCUAAUUGGGGUUUCACUAAAUUUUGAGGGGUUGUUAGUGGCUUGACCAGAUGAAUGUGGUUGUCAAAGUUGGGAGCUUGAUAUCCCAAGGUGUUUACUCUGUUGCCACUCCUUUUCAUCCCUUUGGUGGGGCUGUUGAUGUCAUUGUUGUUCAGCAGCAGGAUGGGACAUUUCGAAGCACGCCUUGGUACGUCCGGUUCGGUAAAUUUCAGGGUGUUCUUAAAGGUGCAGAGAAGAUGGUCCGCAUAAAUGUAAAUGGAGUUGAUGCCAAUUUCCAUAUGUAUCUUGAUAACUCAGGAGAGGCUUAUUUUGUAAAGGAGGUUGAUUCUGGUAAAGGAAGUGAGACAAAUGGGGUUGUGAAGGAUUCUGUUACUUUAGAACCUACACAAGAGGAAAGUGGUUUGGAGAUUGAUAACCAGAAUAAUGGUAAUGAAAACGUUCUUGAAAUUCGUAGACUGGAGCAUAGUGUCUCUGAUUCGAUGGUGGUUCAGUUGCGAGAUGAACGCAAUUCCUUAGGUGCAAACCUGAUACAGAGGGCAGAAUCUGAUUCUGAUCGGAGGUAUUACGAAUAUAAAGAUGAGCAAUCUUCUCUAGAGGGUUCCGUUGAGUUAUCAGAGUAUGGAUCAAGUCGAUAUGAUAAUUUAGACAGUAAUCAUAUUGUGGAAUCACAGAAUUUAAACUCAGAAGUUAUAUUGGUGAGUGUGGAUGGUCAUGUAUUGACAGCCCCCAUUUCAGCAUCAGAGCUUAGCACAGAGGAUGUGCAAGACACACCUCGAUUCAAUCUUGGCCCAGGUGAAGAGACCGACUUCUGUGAAGGCAAUGAGGAGUUUAGUUCAGGUGAAACUGCUUGGGCUGCUGAUUAUAUUUGUAAGCUGAAUGAAUCUACAACUAACGCAUCUGGUAAUGUUUGUGGAGUUCAGAAUGAAGAUAAUGUUAUUUGCCGUCAGCUGGAAGUUGAUGAAGGAGGCAGGGGACUUGCAUGUCAAGCUCAAGAAACUCAAAAGACUUCAAGACAGGAAAGAGAUCUUCAGAUGCAUAGGGAUUCAGAAGAUGCAUCUACUAACAAGGCAGACGUUUUCAAGAGCUGUUUGGGGCUAGAAGAAAUGGCCAAACGUGGUGGGAAAGCUGAUGUUGAAGAUAUGGGGUCCUCAUUGGAGGUUCAAAAUUCACCAGAAAAAUCUAAUCAGACUCUUCCGGAUCCGGUGGUUGAUAGAACUGAAGAUGCUAGUGUUAUUGAAUUGAGAAAUGACAAUGAGUUAUCUGCUUCUUGUGGUUCUGUUUCACCUGGCAACAAUAUGUCUCCACGUGUACAAGUUGGAAGUGAAUCAGUUGAGAAGAUUGUGUCUUCUUUGGAACAAAUGAGUAUUGAAAGCAUUUCUGUACAUUCUGUCAGUAAUGAUCCAGACUGGAAGGAUGAACAGUGUGUUACAUCAGCAGCAGUCGAUGAGACAGAGAGUAGUCAACAAAUACCUGCAACUGGAGAUGAAUGCAGUAAAAAUGAGCUAAUAGAACCCCCAACAGAAUCUUCAAGUGAAGAAACACAAGUCCAUUCAAGCAUAAGGUUUGAGAUCUCACUCUGUGGAAAUGAACUUCGUGUGGGUAUGGGUGUCAAAGCUGCUGCUGAAGCCUUUGCUGCACGCCGUGUAUCUGCACAGGAUUUCAUAACUUCUGCAACAUCGAUUUUGAAAAAUGAAAAUCUGAUUAUCAGAUAUAGGGAAAGAUACUUUUUGUGGGAAAAAGCAGCUCCUGUUGUUCUUGGAAUGGCUGCAUUUGAUCUAGAUUUACCUGUUGCGCCCGAGGAUGCAAUUCCUGUGGAACAAGAUGGCUCAGAAAAACCCAGGGAUGAGGAUUCAGGAAUGCCUUCCACUCCUACUGGACGCAGAUGGAGGCUCUGGCCUAUUCCAUUUAGAAGGGUGAAAACACUUGAGCACACCAGCAGUAAUUCAUCGAAUGAGGAUGAAUUUGUUGAUUCUGAAUCUGGUCUGCAAAACUCACAACUUGAAGCAACUCCUGAGUCCCCCCAAAAGCAAUUUGUAAGGACAAAUGUUCCCACCAACGAGCAGAUAGCAUCUUUAAAUCUCAAAGAAGGUCAAAAUAUGAUAACUUUCAGUUUCUCUACCAGGGUUUGGGGGACACAACAGGUUGAUGCACAUAUUUACUUGUGGAAAUGGAAUGCCAGAAUUGUAAUUUCUGAUGUUGACGGAACUAUUACCAAGUCUGACGUGUUAGGCCAGUUCAUGCCAUUAGUUGGAAAAGAUUGGACGCAAUCUGGUGUGGCUAGACUUUUCUGUGCAAUUAAGGAAAAUGGAUAUCAGCUACUGUUUUUGAGUGCACGUGCAAUUGUACAGGCAUAUCUAACGAGAAGCUUUUUAGUCAACCUAAAACAGGAUGGAAAAGCUUUACCCAAUGGACCUGUUGUUAUAUCACCCGAUGGAUUAUUUCCUUCAUUGUAUCGUGAAGUUGUAAGAAGAGCACCACACGAAUUCAAAAUUGCCUGUUUAGAGGACAUAAAAAAGCUCUUCCCCUCUGAUUACAACCCAUUCUAUGCGGGUUUUGGAAAUAGAGACACAGAUGAGCUCAGCUACAGGAAAAUUGGGAUUCCAAAGGGCAAAAUAUUCAUAAUCAAUCCCAAGGGAGAGGUGGCCAUCAGCCAUCAUCGCGCUGAUGUGAAGACGUACACUUCCUUACACACUCUCGUCAACGACAUGUUUCCUCCAACUUCACUGGUUGAGCAGGAAGACUUCAACUCGUGGAACUAUUGGAAAGUGCCACUGCCAGACAUUGAGUGAUGGUUGUUACUUAGAGAAAACAUUUCCCUUUGGCCAAACGUGUCGGCGGCUUGGAGGCAUGCACAUUGUAGAGAUAACAACACUUAACAUUCUUGCUGAUCGUCGUCUCCAUUCUAUGCACAUAAUAGAACUGAUGGCUCUUUUUUUUUCUGGGUCAGUUGUAUUAUCAGUGUAAUAUCCAAGCCAUUGGCAUUGUAUUAGAAACUUGAGAUUUUGAUAGUCAAGAAAAGCUCUCUUAAAGAAUAAAAGUUAUUUUGACACUUUGCUUGCC